UUAGUAUUAAUAUUUUUCAGCCCUUAACUGUAAAAAAAAUCACUUUGAAAAAAACAGGACAUGCGUACCAAUGAUAGGAGCUAAGUGCAAAAAAUCUCUGUGUCAUGGUAUCGAUCAUUUAGUCUGCAGAAAUCGAAAAUGUCGAUGUAAAAGAAAUUAUUUUCCGUCGAAGGAUAAUAAAGCUUGUUUUCAAUACGCAUUAAAAGUCGGAAAUUUUUGCGCAAACGAAAAAUCCUGCGAAAGGAUCAAAUUCUCCGAAUGCAAAGAAUCAAAAUGCCAAUGUCGUGAUGGCUACUCAUUAAUAGGCGAUAAAUGCCUCCCAAAAUUGCGAGGCGCACCAUGUCAUAGCGACGACGAAUGUUCUCAUGCAAAUGGCCUUUGUAUCUCCGGUACCUGCGAUUGUUUCCACAGAUACUCAAAAUUUGACGAUCGCUGUCCGCCGAUAAAUUUCAACAAAUGCUCAGCCGAAGAACCUUGUACAAUUAAGAACUCAAAUUGCCACCCAAUUGUCAAGAUUUGUCUCUGCAAUGAAGGUUACGUGUCUAAUUUAAGAGGAGUAGCUUGCGAGAAGCGAUUAAAUUUCAAACCUUUGUAUCAUCGAGCAAUGAUCAAUUCUGCCACGCUGUAGAAUACAA